AAGAGGAAACAAAAACAAGUGCGCUGAUCUUUAGAGAUAGUUUCUUGGUUGUUAAACAAAAAAAAAAAAAAAAAAAAAAAGCUCUGUAAAUAAAGACAGUCUUCCGAAAUCUUCGAAAGGCGAAAAGAUAAAAGCAAUUCUUAGGCAUAUAGAAGGGAAAGUGAAAACAUUUCUUUUUCUGUUAUUUUCUACGUUAAACAAGACGCACAUCUAACCGAGAUUGGUUGAGAAGAGAACGUGAUUUUAAAAUAUGUAAUCUAAUAAAUAUAAUAAUUGUCUAAAAGAAUAAAAUAUAAAUAAAUGGAUGCAAAAUACUAACACAAUAUUUUAAAUGUCUUUUUUACUUGCUUUUGAAAACGAUUAUGAAUGAUUGCUAUAGGAGUAAAAAUUUAAAACGUAACAUAGCAGCCUACUUUACAAUUGCUUUUCAAUAUCGUAUGUAUGAUAUGCACGUUUUAUAAAUGUAUACUGCUCGAGCUUCACAGUUUGCCAAAUCAAUAACUAUGGCAUGUAGUGUGCAAAAACAAACUUCAUCAUCGGCCGGUCCAGCUACACCGAAAUCCAAGGCCUUUGGAAUUCCGCGGGGAUCCUUGCCUACGGAUAUGGCACAGCCGCCUUUGGAAUUUCAAUGGCCGCCACCUACUCCCGCAUCAACGCAUACGAAUAACGUACGUUUGCACAUGAUGAAUCAGGAUCCAAAGGAUUUACAUACCGCCCGUGCCAUGAUUGAAGAAUUAAGAUCGAAAGUGCGUUGCCAAGCGGAGCAUAUUAUGAAAUGGCGCAAAACUUAUGCUCUACAGGUCCAACAGCACUAUCGCUAUCAGAAGGAAAAAAACGAUCAAUUGAAUGCUUUAACUUGUCAAUUAUUACUUUUAGAGUCACGUUUGAAACGCAAACAAAAACAGAUAGCCAGUCUCUUAAAUCAUCGCGAGAUGACUAUACAGAGACAACAAAAAAUUAUUGAUACUCUAUCGACUCGUUUAGUCGAUCAUGGUCUCGAGACAAUUGAAGCCAGUUACGCCACCGAAUUGGAUUCGCUUAAUGAUUCCGAUUCCGCUGUGGUUUUAGAGGACAUAGACUCAGACUCAAAUGUGACUUUAACCGGCAACCGGCGAAGAAGUAGCGGUAAUAUUGGUAAUAAUAUGACAAGUGACGGUAUCACCAUUGUACGUUCUAUAUCGGAUGCCAUUGAAACCAAUUUAACAAAGUAUGGUGUAACUAGACGUAAUAAUUGUUUCCUGCGUAGACCGGAAAUUUUAGAGACUGUUUAUUCCGUAGAAGAGGAUCCUGAGCCCACAUCUGAUGUAGCCGAGAAACGUGAUAAAUUCAAACAACGUUCUGAGAAAGCUUUGAGUUCUAGUUCAACGGAAGGACAAAUAGAUAAUGCCGAAGUUAAUACACCAACAUCCACAACAGUUAAUUCUGCAGCAACAGUAGGCAGCGGUGCUCAAAUUACUACCAAAGAGGGAGAUAAAAGAGAAGAUAAACCUACAGUAUGCGCUAUAAAAAAUGGUCAUAUGAAGUUACCGCAGUUGCAUAAUGUGAAAGCCCGUUCAAUGGAGGACUCAGCAAGAGCUUCUAGUAUAGAUGACGAUGAUAUGAAUGGAAAUAACUUGCCUAAAUCUAACCAGGUAACCAAUUAUAAUCGUGUCAUGUCCAAUCAUCGUUCAGUUACAAAACCUAAAGAUGUCAAAUAUAAACGCAUCAACAAAGCUAAGUCAAAAAGUCUUGAAGAACUGCGAGGUCGUCUCAAGAAUUUGGUGGAAAAAGUUGACCACCAAACAUCAGCUGCGGUGCAUUUAUCAAGCCCAAUGUAUGCGGCCAAUAUAAUACCACAAACAGCCCAAUCGUAUGCGUGACAAUUGCCGAAAGAAACGCAAGUACAGGACUCAGCUCAGAGCUUGAAUUCAACUCCAGUAAAAGUAAUUGACACGUCAAAGAUGCCCAUCAAGCACACCUCUGAGGUUUCACUGGCCGUUGCCAUUUUGCCCCUAGCUAAGCACGCAGCUCCAAAGCGAUCACUCACAUUACCACGUGUAUUGGUACCCCAGGCAGCUUUGCAUAACGGCAGCAGUGGUACGACUGGUACAGGCAAUGGUAGUGUAAGUGGUCGUAAAACU